UUGAGUAUGGCUGCUGCAACCCUGACAGUGUGCAUCCUAGGCUUCGGGAACUGGGGAUCAGCCAUUGCAAAAAUAAUUGGGACAAAUGUCAGGAACCAGCAGUUCGCCUCCACAGUCAAGAUGUGGGGCUUUGAAGAAGCAGUGAACGGGAGGAAGCUGACAGACAUCAUAAAUCACGACCAUGAAAACGUCAAGUAUCUUCCAGGACACAAACUGCCAGAAAACGUGGUUGCCAUCCCAAAUCUCAGUGAGGCCGUACAGGAUGCAGAACUGCUGGUACCCACCACCCCACACCAGUUCAUUCACAAAAUCUGUAAUGGAAUUAUGGGCACAGUGCCCAAGAAGGCUCUCGGCAUCGCACACAAUGAGGCCAUAACUGAAGGCCCAGGAGGGCUGAUGUUCAUCUCUGACAUCAUUCCAGAGAAGAUCGGGAUGGACAUCAGUGUGCUGAUGGGGGCUAACACAGCCAGCGAGAUGGCUGCUGGGAAGUUUUGUGAGACUACCAUUGGCAGCAGAGUCAUUGAGAAUGGCCUUCUCUUCAAAGAUCUGCUACAGACCCUCAACUUCCGCAUCACUGUGGUGAAUGAUGCUGAUGCUGUGGAACUCUGCGGAGCACUGAAAAGCAUUGUUGCUAUGGGAACCACCUUCUGUGAUGGCCUCCACUGCGGGAACAACAGUAAGGCUGCUAUCAUCAGCCUCGGCCUUGUAGAAAUAAUCACUUUCGCCAGGAUCUUCUGCAAGGGCCAGGUGUCCACAGCCACCUUCCUGGAGAGCUGCGGCUUGGCCCACCUUAUCACUACCUCUUAUGGAGGGCAAGACUGCCAGGUGGUCAAGACCUUCCGCAGGACUGGGAAACCUAUUGAAAAACUCGAGCAGGAGGUGUUGAACGAGCAGAAGCUUCAAGGACUUGAGACCUCUAUUGUAGUAUACCGCUUCCUUAAGCAGAGGGGGCUUCUAGACAAGUUUCCAUUGUUCACAACAGUUUACCAGAUUUGCUACAAAGGCAGACCUCCCACAGAGAUGAUAACCUGCCUCCAGAGACAUCCUGCACAUGUAUGA